CGCCGUGGAGCGGCUAGUUUCGGAGGGUGAAUCGAGGUCAGUGGGGAACAGAAAAAGCAGAGCCCCUCCAGGGCACCCGAGAUCGGAAGAAGCCCGGAUUUUGGAGGGCACUGUCUUCUGGAGUGAUGUCAGUUCCAAAAGCUCCAGUCCUCCUUUAAGAGGGAGACCAGAUGAUGGCAGCCAUGCUCCUGACAUCCUGGCCCCAGGUGAGCUGUGGGUCCUUCAUCUCUUCCUCUGAGCAGUUUCACAUUGAAGAAAACUGAGAAGGGAAGCUGGGCAUGAGCCAUGGAAUUGGCCGUAGGGCAGCAGGAACCUGUUGUUUCAGAAGUCGGUGACCUUCGAGGACGUGGCUGUGUACUUCACCCAGACGGAGUGGGACAGCCUGUCCACUGCACAGAGGGCCCUGUACAGGGAUGUGAUGCUGGAGAAUUAUGGGAAUGUGGCUUCCCUGGGAUUUCCGCUUCUCAAACCUGCUGUGAUCUCACAACUGGAGGGAGGAGGUGAGCUUGAGGGCCCAUCUCCACUGGCCUCUGGAGCAGGCACAGGCCCCCAGGGCCUCUGGACUGAUAUUGAUAUCCAGACUGACAGUAAUUUGACAGGAGAAAUGUGUGAAGAAAAAUAUAAUACAUCAUAUGAACUUCAGAGGAACUCUUUUCAGGAAAUAGAUUUUACAGAAAUGUAUAUUCUAAAGAAACAGCAGGAGGUCCACUCAGUAGGAAGUGUGAAGAAAGAAAACAGCAAUGUCAUUGACAGGAUGGUGAAAGACAAUACUAGCCCCAUGGAGGAGUGUUUCUUUAGUCAAAGUCCAAAUUUGAAUCAGUGUCAUACCAUCUCCACUGGAGAGCAGCCCCCUGAGUGUACAAGACUGGAGAAAGCCUUCAGUUUUGACACAAAACUUAUUCAACAGGAAAUAAUUAAUUCUGGGGAAAGACCUUUCAAAUGUGAAGAAUUAAUAGAAAACUUUAGCUGUAACUCUCAACUUAAUCAGGGUCAAGAUGGCUACACUGGGGAGAAGCCCCAUCAAUAUAAGGAGUGUGGCAAAGCCUUUAACAUCAAUGCAAAAUUAAUUUGGCAUCAAAGACUUCACAGUGGGGAGAAGCCCUUCAAAUGUGUAGAGUGCGGUAAAAGCUUCAGUUACAGUUCCCAUUAUAUUACACAUCAGACAAUCCACAGUGGGGAGAAGCCCUAUCAGUGUAAGGUGUGUGGAAAAGCCUUCAGUGUUAAUGGGAGUCUAAGUAGGCAUCAGAGAAUCCAUACAGGAGAGAGGCCCUAUCAGUGCAAGGAGUGUGGGAGCGGCUUUAGCUGCAGUUCUGCAUAUAUCAUACAUCAGAGAAUCCACACUGGAGAGAAACCUUAUGAGUGUAAUGACUGUGGAAAAGCUUUCAAUGUUAAUGCAAAAUUAAUUCAACAUCAGCGGAUCCACACUGGAGAGAAGCCUUACGAAUGUACUGAGUGUGGGAAAGGCUUCAGGUGCAGUUCCCAGCUUAGGCAGCAUCAGAGCAUCCACACUGGAGAGAGGCCCUUUCAGUGUAAGGAGUGUGGAAAGGCCUUUAGUAGUAAUACAAAACUCAUUCAGCAUCAAAGAAUUCACACAGGGGAGAAACCCUAUGAGUGUACUGAAUGUGGAAAAGCCUUUGGUGUCAAAGGGAAAUUAAUCCAGCACCAGAGAAUCCACACGGGUGAGAAACCCUAUGAGUGUAAAGAAUGUGGCAAAACCUUCAGGUGUAACUCCCAGCUUCGGCAGCAUCUGAGAAUCCACACCGGGGAGAAGCCCUAUGAGUGUAAUGAGUGUGGAAAGGCCUUCAACGUUAAUGCGAAAUUAAUGCAGCAUCAGAGGAUUCACACUGGGGAGAAACCCUUUGAAUGUAAUGAGUGCAGGAAAUGCUUUACUUCUAAAAGAAACCUACUUGAUCAUCACCGAAUCCAUACUGGAGAAAAGCCCUACCAAUGUAAGGAAUGUGGGAAAGCGUUUAGCAUCAAUGCCAAACUAACUAGGCAUCAGAGAAUACACACUGGGGAGAAACCUUUCAAAUGUAUGGAAUGUGAGAAAGCAUUCAGCUGUAGUUCUGACUAUAUUGUGCAUCAGAGAAUCCAUACUGGAGAGAAACCCUUUCAGUGUAAGGAGUGUGGAAAAGCCUUCCAUGUUAAUGCUCAUUUAAUUCGGCAUCAAAGAAGCCACACUGGUGAGAAACCCUUCAGAUGUGUGGAGUGUGGCAAAGGCUUCAGCUAUAGUUCUGACUGUAUUAUACAUCAGACGGUUCAUACUUGGAAGAAACCCUAUGUGUGUAAUCUGUGUGGGAAAGCCUUCAGGUUUAGCUUCCAACUUAGUCAGCAUCAGAGCAUUCACAGUGAAGUAAAGUCCUCAUGAAAGGGAUGUAGAAAAUUGUCAGUGUUAAUGCUGAACUGGAUCAAGUGUCCUCAGAUUCACCCUGGUGGAAAACCCUGAAAGGGAAAUUAAUAUGGCCGAGUCUUCACAAGGAAGCAAAUCUUUUUCAUUUUAUUCAAUUUUAAAUCAAGAAUGAUGACCAGUUUUCAAAUAA